UAGAGUUUUCUUUCAGCUCAUCAUAGACAAUAACUCCUGUCUGGAUUAUUUCUCUAUCCCAGCAGGUGAGGGGAUGCUGACUGAGAACCAUGAUCUUGUGCAGCAAGAGGGUUCGGAGCAAGUGUCUCCAUGUGGGAUGUUACUGGGAAGACCUGAAGGGCAUAUUUUCCAGAUACGUGAUCAGGGAGAGAGCUGCGACAGUCAGCAUAGCUCAGAAAGGCAGCACGGAAACCAGCCAGGAGUGGGACAGGGUAAAUCCAGUCAGAGCAGCAGAGGGGAAAAAAGAAACACAGAAACCGUUCAACAGGAAAUCCCCCAUCAACAGUCACCCUGCACUUGUAAUAACUGUAAAAUUCUUAUUGAACAUCAAAACGCCCACACAGGAAAGAAGCCCUUUAAGUGCUCUCGCUCUGGGAAAAGCCUCAGUCAGCACUCGCACUUUACAAACCAUCAGAUAAUACAUACAAAAGACAUGCCCCAUAACUGCUCUGACUGUGGGAAAAGCUUCAGUAAGAAGUCAAACCUUGUUACCCAUAGGCGGACCCACACAGGAGAGAAACCUUUCAGCUGCUCUGACUGCAAGAAAAGCUUCAGGCAGAAGUCAAUCCUUGAUAUCCAUAGGAGGACCCACACAGGAGAGAAACCUUUCAGUUGCUCUGACUGUGGGAAGAGCUUCAGUCAGAAGUCAAACCUUGUUAUCCAUAAGAGGACCCACACAAGAAAGAAACCUUUCAGUUGCUCUGACUGUGGGAAAAACUUCAAUGGAAGUUCAGACUUUGUUGCCCAUAGGAGGAUCCACAUAAGAGAGAGACUUUUCAAUUGCUCUCACUGUGGGAAAAGCUUCAGGCAGAAGUCAAACCUUGUUAGACAUAGGAGGACCCACACAGUAGAGAAACCUUUCAAUUGCUCUGACUGUGGGGAAAACUUCCGUAGCAGCUCACACCUUGUUAGACAUAGGAUGAACCACACAGGAGAGAAGCCCUUCAGCUGCUCUGACUGCAGGAAAAGCUUCAGUAGCAGCUCAAAGUUUGUUGCCCAUAGGAGGAGCCACACAGGGGAGAAACCUUUCAAUUGCACUGACUGUGGGAAAAGCUUCAGUCAGAAGUCAAACCUUGUUAUCCAUAGGAGGACCCACACAGGAGAGAAACCUUUCAAUUGCUCUGACUGUGGGAAAAGCUUCAGUUGGAAGUCAAACCUUGUUACCCAUAAGAGGAUCCACACAAAGAAACCUUUCAAUUGCUCUGACUGUGGGGAAAACUUCAGUAGCAGCUCACACCUUGUUAGACAUAGGAUGAACCACACAGAAGAGAAACCCUUCAGCUGCUCUGACUGCAAGAAAAGCUUCAGGCAGAAGUCAAACCUUGUUAGCCAUAGGAGGACCCACACAGGAGAGAAACCUUUCAAUUGCUCUGACUGUGGGAAAAGCUUUAGUUUGAAGUCAAACCUUGUUACCCAUAAGAAGAUCCACACAAGAAAGAAACCUUUCAAUUGCUCUGACUGUGGGGAAAACUUCAGUAGCAGCUCACACCUUGUUAGACAUAGGAUGAACCACACAGAAGAGAAACCCUUCAGCUGCUCUGACUGCAAGAAAAGCUUCAGGCAGAAGUCAAACCUUGUUAACCAUAGGAGGAGCCACACAGAGAAACCUUUCAAUUGCACUGAUUGUGGGAAAAUCUUCAGUCAGAAGUCAGACUUUGUUAUCCAUAGGAGGACCCACACAGGAGAGAAACCUUAUAACUGCUCUGACUGUGGGAAAAGCUUCAGUAUUAGUUCAGAGCUUGUCACCCAUAGGAGGACCCCCACAGUGGCGAAACCUUUCAAUUGCUCUGACUGCGGGAAAAGCUUCAGUCAGAACUCAAGCCUUGUUACCCAUCUGAGGACCCACACAGGAGAGAAACCUUUCAAUUGCUCUGAUUGUGGGAAAAGCUUCAGUACGAGAUCAAAGUUUGGUACCCAUAUGAGGACCCACACAGGGGAGAAACCUUUCAGCUGCUCUGACUGUGGGAAAAGCUUCAGUAUUAGUUCAGAGCUUCUUGUUAUCCAUUGGAGAAUCCACACAGGGGAGAGACCCUUCAGGUGUUCUGACUGUGGGAAAAGCUUCAGGAAGAGCUCAUACCUUGUUCAACAUAGGAGGAGACACACAGGAGAGAAACCCUUCAAUUGCUCUGACUGUGGGAAAAGCUUUAGUCGGAACACAAGCCUUGUUACCCAUAGGAGGACCCACACAGGGGAGAAACCUUUCAAUUGCUCUGACUGCGGGAAAAGCUUCAGUACACGUUCAAACCUUGUUACCCAUACGAGCACCCACACAGGGGAGAAACCUUUCAAUUGCUCUGACUGUGGGAAAAGCUUCAGUACGAGUUCAGAGCUUGUUACACAUAGGAGACACACAGGAGAGAAACCCUUCAAUUGCUCUGACUGUGGGAAAAGCUUUAGUCGGAACACAAGCCUUGUUACCCAUAGGAGGACCCACACAGGGGAGAAACCUUUCAAUUGCUCUGACUGCGGAAAAAGCUACAGCUGCAAGUCAAACCUUACUAUCCAUUGGAGAAUCCACACAGGGGAGAGACCCUUCAGGUGUUCUGACUGUGGGAAAAGCUUCAGGAAGAGCUCAUACCUU